GCCUUAGUGCUCGUAGCCGGGCGCCCGCCCAGCCCCGACCAUGAGCGUGGGCUGGCGGGUUAGGACUCAAAAGUCGGCCUGGUUCUUCGCGAGGCUUGGGUGUGUGCAGGCCUGGACUGGGCUCUGGCGAGGAGAGAGCCCUCCGAGUCGGCCUGGUAACUCGCCAGAAUGACGAACACAAAGGGAAAGAGGAGGGGAACCCGCUAUAUGUUCUCCAGGCCUUUUAGGAAGCAUGGAGUUGUUCCUUUGGCCACUUACAUGCGAAUCUACAAGAAAGGUGAUAUUGUAGACAUCAAGGGAAUGGGCACUGUUCAAAAAGGAAUGCCUCAUAAGUGUUACCAUGGCAAAACCGGGAGAGUCUACAAUGUCACCCAGCAUGCCGUAGGCAUCAUUGUAAACAAGCAAGUUAAGGGCAAGAUUCUUGCCAAGAGAAUUAACGUGCGGAUUGAGCACAUCAAGCACUCUAAGAGCCGAGACAGCUUCCUCAAGCGGGUGAAGGAGAACGACCAGAAGAAAAAGGAAGCCAAGGAGAAGGGCACCUGGGUUCAGCUGAAGCGCCAGCCCGCCCCACCCAGAGAAGCACACUUUGUGAGGACUAACGGGAAGGAGCCUGAGCUGCUGGAGCCCAUUCCAUACGAAUUCAUGGCCUAAUGUACAAAAAGAAAUAAAAGACCUGGACUGUAAAGGGCGUUUCUUACGUUGAA